AUGAUUGAAUUUGAUGAAUUAUUUGAAUUACUAAAAGAAAUUGAAAUAAGUUGUGAUAAGUUUAAUGAGGAAGAUAAAGAAAAAGAAAAAAUAAUUUUAUUUCUAAAUGAUCUAAACUCUUACAUUAGUGAUAUAUCACAUUCUUUAAAAGUCAAAACAAAUAAAAUAUCAGAGAUAGAUAUAUUAAAAAAAAUAAUUUCGAAAAAAGAAAAACUUGAAAAUGUGUUAAAAAAUUGUAAUACUAAAAAUGAACAUGAAGAUACCUCCUCGAAUAAUUCACCCUUUAUCAAUGGGGCUGUCAUUUUGGAAAGAAAUUUAAGCAUGGGCGAAAAACGUAUGAAUACGGAUCAAGGCAAACAAGAUGAAGAAGAUGAAGAAGGUAAACAAGAUGAAGAAGGCAAACGAGAUGAAAGCGUUUUAUUCUUAGAAAAGAGAGACAGCCCCCAAAAGGAAAAUUCCAAUGAUGAACAAAAUAACACAUUGUCACACAAUUACAAAGUCGAUAAUAAUAAUAAUAAUAAUUCAAAUUUUGUUAAAUUUGAAAAUUGUGAACUAAUUAAAGAUAGCCUCAUAAAAGAAUGGGGGAAUCAAAUAGAUGAAUAUGAUAAUUUAAAAUAUGAGUUUACAUAUGAAUAUAAAAAAAUAGAAUUUCAAAAAAAGUUAGAUAAAAGAAAAAAUACAAACACAUUUAAAGAUGAUAAUAUUGAUGAUGAAUUAUGUUUACUUGCUCAAGAAAUGAAAGAAAAUGUGUUAGCAUACAGACAAAUAUUAGUAGAUGAUAAUAAAACAUUGGAAGUAUCUGCAACCAAACAAGCAAAUAAUAUAGAUUCAAUUCUUGAUGUAAAUAAAAAAACCAAAAAAAUGGGAAGUAACCAAAGUAUUUCUUUUUUCUUAUCUUUAAUCAUAAUUGCUGUUUCAAUUUUACUUUUUAUUUUCACAUUUUUUGUAAUAAUCCUUCUAUAG